GGUCUCACUCCUGGAAACGACCUCCCUUCCACUCCAAUUAACUCACCAUGCAACUUCGCUUCUCCUUCUUUGCUCUUGCUAUUCUGGCUAUCGGUGUCGCUGCUGGUCCUCUCCCACAGGGCUCAGACCUUGUGAUUCGAGGCAAGGGAGGCAGCAAAGGUCCUAAGCCUAACCUCGCCCAGCGCGUGUCCAACCUCCCGCCCGAGCUCCGCAACCAGAUCGGAAACGAUCUAAGGACCCAUAAAACGAUUCAAGCCCAUUUCGGUCCGGGGUCUAAACACGACAGACUCAUGAAGGAGAUGAACGGAAAGGUCCCGCCCAACAAGUGGACUGACCAAGCCACCCCUGCAUGGAGCGUCUUCGAGAAGAACCGCAAGCUCCGCCGAGCUCUGGAGAGCUUCGACGACUACCUCGAAGUACGGGCGAAACACAAGAAUGGCAAGAAGGGUCCGAAUCCUUUGAAACCGCCCAAAGCAUCCGCUCCUCCCAAGAAACCCGCCCCGAAGCCUGGCCCCAAGCCCAAUCUUGCUCAGCGCGUUUCCAACCUGCCACCCGAACUGAGGAACAAGAUCGGAAACGACCUCAGGACGCACAAGACUAUCCAGGCCCACUUCGCACCUGGAUCGGUUCACAAUAGGAUCAUGCAGGAGAUGAAGGGGAAGGUACCGCCUACCAGGUGGAGUGACCACACUACGGCUGCUUGGAGGAUCUUGGAGAAGAACCGUAAAUUGCGAUGAUGGCAUUGGGAGUGUAUGUCCACGUAGUAGAACUGCAUAAUCGAUCGAAUCGAUUGCUUUAAGCGCAACA